AUGCCAGUAACAGCCCAAACGCUGCGAUGGCUCGGCAUGCCAGCGUUCCUCGCCCUCGCAAGCAUAGGAGCACCCCAUACCGCUCUCAGCUAUCCCAUCCUCCUCCUACCGACCCUAGGAGCUGUGUACUCAUGGCACUACUCCAUCCACAGCCAGCGAGCAGAGCUCGAUACCUUAACGACCAUUUACUUCCUCUCCGCCACCGUAGGCAUGGUCCUGGACAUGCUAGCCCAAGCCCUGCUCGCCUACGGAACUGGUAUCUUGAUCUUUGGCGAUCAGCUGGUCGCUUACCUCCGAGAGGUCUCCCGUACCAGCGUGACCGGCUCAAGCGCAUCACAGCUCGCUGAUCGGGCAAGCAUGGCCGCGAGCUGGCGAUAUUACCUCUUUCUGCUCCUGUUCAACUACCUUCUCGGCCCACCGCUGGAGGAGGCGAUCAAGUAUGCGCCUAUUGCCUGGUAUGAAGGUCGAGCGUCCAGCGCUGAAGGAGCGGACGCGAACAAAGUAACGGCAUCGAAGCGGAAGUACCUCCACUACGCUGUCGCGGCCGCUCUGGGGUUCGCCACGAGCGAGAACAUCGCCUUCGUUCGCGCGGCGGUCAAGGCCGGGGAGAGUCCGUCUCGGCUCGCUAUCACGGUGCUCGAGCGGACGGUGGUGGGUGGGCUUGGUCAUGCGUUCACGGCGGCGCUGAUCGCGGUCAAUGCUGCGAAGUAUGCCGGCAAAGCGGGCAGCGUCGGAAAGCUUGUGCAGGUUCUGGGGCCGAGUGUGCUGUAUCAUGGGACCUUGAAUAUGGUAUUGCUCGUUAUCAGCGCGCUGAACGGAAAUGUUGGGUGGAUCCACCCAACAAAUCCUUGGACGGUCGCCGGUAUGGUUGCGGCAGUCGCUGGCAUCCUGUUGGCAUGCUUCCUGCAUGUCCGCCAUCUCUGGCGCAAACUGAGUCGAAGCUUACCAGCAGCGCCAGAAGCUCUGUAG